AUCUGGUCUAUUAUGUGGAGAGAGCCUAUCGGACGCCAGACUUUGGUAUGUGGGAGAGAGGGAGCAAAUACAAUACCGGCACUCCUGAGAUCAACGCCUCGUCCAUCGGAAUGGCUAAGUCUGCUCUGGAAGCUAUCAAUGGAUGCAAUCUCUUUGGCGAAAAGGGCGCGUCUUGGAGUGUCAUCUAUGUUGACAUCGAUGCUCACAGUCGUAACCGAAGUAUUUUCGAAACACUGCUUCCUCGAGAGUCCAGUUCUAAGAACACAGACUCAAGUUUAUUGCCAACCAUUAGUUGGCCAUCAUUUGCCACUCACGACACACUCCUCUACGCGAACACUAAGGAUAAGAUAAUUAAACGAUUGAAGACUCCGUACGGCUUCAAGAGGUUUAUCAGAGAUGGUUACGGAACUGUUCUCGAGAGUCGCGGCAAUUAUAGAAACGAAGAAACCAAACAUUUCGAGAAUAUAGAGUGUGUUUGGCCUCUGUUUUGCUGUUUCCUCGUCAUCGACGGUGUCUUCAAGAAUCUUGAAUCUCAAACCAAAUACUAUAAGGACUUACUCUUCACUCAACUAUUGAGAAGAGAUCCCAUAACUGGCGACUACUUAAUACCCAAAUACUAUUACGUUCCGCCGGAAUAUAUAGACGCAGAGAAGGCAGAGCCCGGAUCUACUCCUCGUAUUGCCAGUCAAGAGGGAAGUGAUUCUUCUGUUCUGUAU